AUGAUUCCUGCAUUCGUUUUGCUGCUGCUGGCUUGGACAUCUGGACGAAGCCCUCCGCAGCGCGCCCUCGCAGUGUCCAAAAGGAGCUUCUUGCACAAGGCCCUCCGCCGCAAGACGCAGAGCGACUUCUAUUGGUUUUGGGUGUGCGAGGGAGUUGAAAUCGACGGCCUUUUGCAAGAGGCUUCGGCCCAAAGCACCCUGCAGGAUUUCAAGGAGCAGGCUUCGAAUAACCCAGUGUGCACACAUCAGGGAUGCGACCCGGACGAUUGCAGGUUCAAGCAUGGGGAAUGUGUGCCAAAUGCAGGCAACUGCCUAUACACAAGGGUGCCAAUGCAAGCGGCUGUGGGAGUUUCAGCUGCAACUGCGUCACAGUGCCACCCGGGCAAUGCACAGAAGAGGCCUUACCAGGCUACCACAUCGUUCAGAACGGCGCGGUGA